AUGGCUCAAAUUCUUUCAAACACAGAAGAAAAUACUCUUGUACGAUGGAUUUCACGAUUUAUUAUUACUGGAUUCCCUGCUACACCUAUAUUGGUGAAGGAAAUAACCGACGAAAUUCGUCUUCGAUGCGUUCAGGCUUGGUUUGAUGUGUUUCGUAUAUGUCUCAUUGAACGAAAGUAUGAAUUAGAUAAUAUAUAUAAUAUGGACGAAACCGGAUUUGGAGUUGGAAGUACUCAAACUGGCAAGCAAGAAUGGAUAACUGCAUUUGAAUGUGUCAAUGCAGCUGGAAAGGCUCUAUCACCUAUAAUCAUUUUCAAGGCUCAGAAUACGAAUUCUGCAUGGAUUCCAAAGGACACGCCUCAAAGCUGGCAGUUUUCUACGAGUACGAAUGGAUGGACCUCAAAUAGUCAUGGAUUAGAAUGGUUAAAAAGGGUUUUCGAACCAGAAUCCAAGAAAGUGUCAGGUGACCGACCUCGACUUUUGAUCAUGGAUGGCCAUUCAAGUCAUAUUACAGGCAGCUUUAUUGCUUUCUCUAGUUGGAGAGGAGCUGGUUUAGUACCUUUUGCCCCACGAAAAGUACUCGAUAUAUUACCAUUUAACUCCUCCCAACAAUCUUCUACUCUACAAAUGAGAAUGUCCAAUCAAGAUCUAGACUUAUCUAUACUCAGGAGCUCUCCUCCAAAUGGGACAAAGCUAAGGCAAGCAAAUCAAAUCUUUAAUAAAGCUCUAGCAGAUAAUGAUUCUCUUGCAUCACCAACUCGUCGAUAUGCCAAGAGAAUGACUAGGCUUGUAGAAUCUCAAAAUGCUGAUGAAGUAAUUGAGACUCGAAAGAAGAGAACUAAAGGCAAAAGAGUCAAAUUACAAGGUCAAUUUGUCUUUAGUAGUGAGGAAGUACUGAAAAUGGUACGUGAGGCGGAGGAAAAACCGAAGGAGAAAAAGCCACGAGGGCGACCACGUAAACGUCCAAUUGAAGAAUUAGAAGAGGAGACUGAAGAAGAAGAGCCAGAGAGUAGUUCAAGUGAUUUAGAGUUGGAAUUGGAUGAAUGUGUAGCUCGUAGAACAAGAUCACAUAGAGAGAAUUGA